CCAUGUUUAUUACAUGAAAUGGAAAUUUUGUGUCAAAAACGUAAGUCCAUUAUAUUGAUUACAUCGUACGAUUAUUUUAUUCUUUUUAUAUACUGAUCACAUGCUGAUCACUAUUAUUACGGAUAAAAUAUUUACGUCCUUGUCCGAUAAGCACGAAUAGAAAAGGACAAACAUCGUGUUUGUAUUACCCGCCGAAAUUGAACAAUACGGAACGCCGACUGUCAAAGUUGUCGUUAAAUUUUAACGGCUCCGAUAGUUUCCUGUAAAUUUUUCAAAGAGGAUUUUUAUCACUUUUUGAUAUUUUUGUGGGAGAUUUUCUGUGUUUACUGAGUUAUUUGUGAUUUAAUUUGUGUUUAAAAUGCCGUCCCGUUUUAGUGAAAACGAACAACGGCUCAUAUUAAAAGUUAUCCAGUAUUUCAAACUCGAAAAAAAUGCUGGAAAACCCCUUUUGCCUGUGUCGGCUGUUUACGAUGUAAUUGGACAACUAUCAAGUUAAUAUUUUUUAACUAAAUCGAAAAUAUUCACGUGUUUUAUAGAGAGCAUCGGAGGCUUUAGGAAUUUCACGUACGACUGUGCAAAGAAUCAGUUCUAGAGGAAUCGUGAAAGAUGAAGAACAAAAAGCAGCAACAAGUCACAGAAUUGCUUUUGGAAUUCCUGCUUAUAAGAUACAUGAACAUACAAUUAGAACACGUAUUUAUUCAAUGUAUGCUGCAGGGGAACAUAUUACAUUACAAACUUUGCAAGCAAACCUUCAAAACAUUGAUGAUGUUCAGUUGUCUCUGACUAUGUUGGGGAAAGGACUUAAAUAUUUGCAGUUUAGAUGGCAAAGUUGCAAGCAUUCUAACAGGAAGUAUUUAAUGGAGCAGCCAUAUAUUGCACAGAAGAGACUGCAAUUUUUACGACAAUAUAAAGAAAAUCAAAUCUCUGAUUGUUCUUUCAGACCAGUAUUUCUUGAUGAAACCUGGAUUUACAGUAAGGGUGGAUUUAGAAAGAGCUGGCAAGAUGGCAGUCUACAAACAGUUCGUAAAACAUCUGGAGAAGGAGUAAGGUACAUGUUUUUUACAUAUUCAUUGGUUCACUUAUAGGUCAGUUAGAAGGGAACAAAUAGAGAUACAAACAAUAAUAUAUGAUAACUGUUAAGUUGUUUCUAGUAAGUAACAUAUGAGCCAUGCACUGCACAACUCAGUUAACUCCACUUUUAAAAAUUUUUAAAUUUAAGUGUAAAACCAAUUGUAAUAUUCAAACAGUUUUCCAAAAAAUAGACAAAUAGACAAAUAAUAACCUCUGAUGUUUGGAAAAUGUUAAGUUAUUAAUAUACCAACUGGAUUUACACUUAAAUUUAAAAAUUUUCAAAAUGUAUUGUUCAUCACUUAGACAAGGAAAGGGGGGGACGGGCAUUACCAGUAGAAAUUUUGUGAUGGAAAAUCGCUAGGCUCCAUGCCAAGGCCGUUUGUGAAAAGUGAUUCCUAGUUCUUUCUCUCAUUACAGAUCUUAGAAUUGUAAGCACAACAAAACACCAUACUUAAAUAAUAAUUAUUUCAAGUCUUUAAAAAGCUUUUUACAGCACAAAAUACAAAAAAACACACAAUUUUUAGGAGCCAAUCACAAAAUUUGAUAUUGGCCGUAGAUGUCGAUUACGCGUCCCCUCUCUUUGCUUGUCUAAGGUGCAUGAGCAGUAAACAGCUGAUAUAACGAUAAUGUUUCUAACCUAAAGAGUGAAUGCAAAGAAAAACAUAAAACGUUACAUCUGCAUAGCAACAAGUGUGCACCAAUAAAUGCAUGGGAUUAUAUCGAUUACAUUGUAGUUUAACUGUAAAGAAAUGUACCUUGUACUUCAUUUUUGGAUGAACCAUCUCUGAUUAUAAUGGAUAAUGCUCCAUACCACAGUACCCUUUUCGAGAGAACUCCAAAUCAGAGUUGGAGUAAGGAAUCCCUGAUUAAUUUCUUGCAAGAAAAGGGAAUCCAAUCACCACCUCUGGCAAUGAAAGAUCAGGUUUGGAAUAUUGUCAAGCAGAAUGUUGCACCUAAGAAAUACAAACUGGACGAAUUAGCCAAUGAGAAAGGACAUCGUGUGUUGAGACUUCCUCCAUAUCAUUGUCAGUACAAUCCCAUCGAAAUGGUAUGGUCAGAAUGCAAGCGCUACUAUGAUGCCAAGAUUAGUGCCAUUCAUCCUGUUACAAGUGAUGCAGUAUUAGGUCUUUGGAAAGAAGCACUUGAGAAGGUUACACCAGAGAAAUGGAAGAAUUAUAUCAGACAUACCAAUAGCAUAAUCGAUAAAGCCUGGGCCCAAGAACAACUGAUUGAUGCCUCCGAUAUUCUACCUGUAAUUAUCGACACGAAUGAUUCCGAUUCAGAUGAGGACAAUUAUUUAACUGAGGGAGAAGAAAGUGUGUAGUGUUUAGUGUCUAGUAUUAUUUUUCAUACAUAUUGUUUUAUGUUGUACAGUGUGAGUCAGUGACAGAGUAAAGAGUAAAUUUAAUUAGUAAAUUAAUUUUAAAUAUAGAGGGGACUCCAAAAAGUGAGGCAGAUAUAUAUUAUAAAUAAUGUUAUAUACCUAGAACUAAUAGUUUUCUUAAUAUUUAUUUAAAAAAAUGUGUUAUGCCAGCACCGACAUGGUAGUGGCAUUGUGUAAAAACUUUUCUAUGCUAAUCACUGGUAUGAAAGUAUUUACAUAUUGCCACUACCAUGCCAGUGCUGGCAUACCAGUUAAAUUGGCGAUAGCUACAGUAUAUAAUAAAUCAACAAUCAAUCUUUAUAUACAAAGGUUAUAGAAUUUUGGGCAGAAUCUAAAUAUAAAAUAAAAAAUUAUUGUAUUGGGUGUUACAUUAAAAAAAUAUUAUAUCUGCCACACUUUUUGGAGUCCCCUCUUAUUUAAAAUUAAUUUUAAAUUGUGUACCUGAUAGUACAGGAUCAGGUUGCAGGAUUAUUAAGCUCAUAAUGUAAUUAAAAUAUAAUUUUUAUAUAUAUUUGUGAAUAGGGUAAUACACUUUCAACGGGAUGCCAAUCAAAAAGUGGCCACAAAUAGGGGUUGCCACAGUUCGAAGUCGUUCCUACUACUUUAUCCGGGUCCGGCAACAGUGAGUCAGGCAUAUGAUGCUCCUAUAAUAAAAAAAUUGUAUGAAUGCAAACUGAAAGUAUGUAUUAGGAAGUAUUUCAUGAAAAUAUUUUAACUUCUACAGGGUGGGUCAAAAAAGUAAGCGAAUCGGAAUGAUGUUUUUAAAUGGAACACCACAUAUAUUAUUGCAUUUUUGGCUUCUUUUCUGAUCACUUUACAUAAUCCUAAGAUAU